AUGCAAGCUCCACAACUGCGACUGAACGAGCGUCAUGCUAAUCCAAAUCCAUAUAUCAUAUUCAUACGCUCGCUGGCGAAGAAGAAGGAUACUACGGAUGCUGAAGACAUACUCAAAGCAGUCGCUGCACAGAUGAAACCCAUUAUGAAAGAGAGGUUCAUGCAGGUUCAUACGUUGGAGGAAGCAGAGUUCAAUCGAGUGUUUGCCGGUAGAAAUUGGAACCAUGGUCAAAGCAUAGAAUUGGUCCUGAGAGGUCCUAGUGGGAGGUUUCUACCAUUGAACUAUAUCAUAUCUGUCAUGUGUCAUGAGAUGGCUCAUAUAGAGCAAAUGAAUCACGGUCCCAAAUUUCAGAAACUUAUGGCAGAGAUUAAGGCGGAUGUACGCCGACUACAAUCGAAAGGAUACUAUGGAGAUGGUUUUUGGUCCGAUGGGAAAAGAUUACAAGAUAGCGUUCGAAUGGGGGGAGAAAGUUAUCGAGCAUCGGACUUUCCAGAAUACGUAUGUGGUGUAAGCGCUUCGGACGCUCGGAAAGCAAAACGGCCAUCCCGAGGUCCUGGGGCCAGUCGCACCCCAGGUUUGGUGAAAGGAGAAGCUUCUCAUCGUUCAGGGAGACAAACUGAAUAUCGUCGUAAAGCUGGACGCAAAAAUAAUGCAGAUAUGGGCGAGGUGGGAUUGAGGUUAGAUGGAGGAAGACAGAUCACAAAGGAAGAUAGAGAAGAGCGAAAGACUUUCGUUGAUAACAUGAGUCAGGUCCUUGUGCAGCAAGGAUUGAGUGUUACGAGAGCCAGGAAUAGGGCAGGUGAGAUGUGGAUAGAGAAUAAUCCAUGGUGGAAAGAGGGCAGCACUAAGGGUAAAGUAGCAAAAUCGAAGACCGCAGCGGAGAUGAGAGCUGCUGCAGCAGAAGCACGUCUUCGAGUCCUAUCUGACCCGUCCACAAGAAAUAGCAAGCCUCUCAUAAAAGAGCAAGAUGAGGAUGACACCUCGAGUAAUGAUGGAGAAGAAGACGCCAAGCCGGUGUUUGACGAAGAAGAUGAAGUCUUCGAUCCUCACAUAGACGCGGAAGAGAGGAAGAGGGAAAUGGAAGAAGACAUGGAUGACGAAGAACGUGAGGGACUGAGAGGUGGAUGGCAAGAAUUUGUGACAACAUGCGGUGAACCAGAAGCUGGAGCCUCUAAGUCUGCGAACGUGAACAAUGUGAAAGCAGCAAAAAGAGAAAGAUCGCCUUCUAUCGACAAUACGGUGACAACAUUGAAACAGGCAAAGCUGGGACGACCAUCGACAAGUCUCGGAGUGGACUUAGUUCGACAAGAGAGACUUCGAGCGCUUGGUUUGGCGAGUACGAGUGGUUCUUCCAGGUCUCGAACCAUGGGAUUUACACAAAAUCUCAUCGACACAAGUAGUCAACUGGAGCAGAUUGACACCAAAAUAGAAAAGGAUCACAAAUCGGAAGAUGUCUCGACAAGACUUAGGGGAUGGCAGGGCUGGGAAUGUAAAUUGUGUACUUUUAUCAAUCUCGCGGAUCAAGGUCGAUGUGAAAUGUGUCAAGCAAGACCUGAUGGGUCUAUGCCAGAAGAUGUCUUAUGA